UCAAGGGGAGGGCUUUAGAAUCUUCAAACUGCCACAAAUCACAGAAGAAGAAUGUGACAUGGUUGUCAUGACAAUGCAUCUUGUCCAAAUUCAGCCAUACUGAUUUAACCCUAAACAUUUAGCUACAUUUUCACUACCAACAUUUGUCUUUGAGCAAAAUUUCAUGAUGCCCAAGACUAAGACCGAAGGCAAAGGUGGGAAGCAGAAAAAGGACAAAAAGCCUAAAGAGAAGAUGCCCAAGGCUCAGGCAUCCAAGACUGAAGACGAAACCAAAGAGACGGUUAAAGAGAAGUCGCCAGCAGUGCUGGACCGGCCUUCAACGGUAGAAAAGAACAAGGAUGAGAUGUGGGAGGACUGUGCAAAUGUUCAAGAGGAGUUCUAUAGGGUGCUGAAACAGAAAAUGCACUUUAAGAUGGAGAAGGACAAGGCCCAAAGAUCCUGGGACAACUCCAAGAGAAACCUGGAUGAGGCCAAGGCCAGUAUGAGAGAGGGGCUCAGGUUAAAACAAGAGGCCGAGAGACAUCGCCAAGCAGAAAUUAAAGAGUAUGAGCAGAAGCUGAAACAAUUGGAAACUGCUCACCACAACGAGAUCUGUGAGCUGAAGGUGGCCAUCUCCAGGACCUCAAAGACCAAGAGAGGCCAAGUGGAGUCAGAGGUAGUGCUUAAGAAGAAAGAAUACAUUUUACAAGCGGACAUGGGAAAGAAAGAUUCAUAUGAUAAAAUCAUUACUAGAAAAAUCAAGCAGACACAGCAGGAUGAAUUAAAGAAACUAAAUGAUGGCUAUGAAGAGAAAGUCAGAGAAUUGGAGGGCAACUAUAUCAACACAAUGAAAAUAAUGGCCGAAGAGAACAAUCAAAAGACACAAACUAAGCUAGAUGAGAUCGACAACCAAAUUAAAAUGAGUAUUGUGAGUGUUGUGGCGGAGCAAAACAAAGCUUGGCAAGAUCUCAACAAGUCCAUUGAAGAUAAACAUCAUGUGUUCUUUGAAAAGGAGAGGCUAGAGACAGAACUUGAAGCUGCAAAAGGAAAGGGUGAGCUACUAGACUGGAGGCUGGCUGCAGCUGUGCAGAAGAACAAAAGCAGAACAGAGUCUCUGCAGGAAGUGGAGCCAAAGCUGUCUGGAAGCCACACACAGCUGGUGGAAGAGAGAAAAGCCAUGGCCAAGAGUUUGAAGAGGGGCAAAAAAAUGAGUGCACAUAUACUCAGGGAGAGACGUGAGCUGUAUUUGAAGCACCAGCAGUUGGAACUGAAAAACGAACAGGUUCAGCAGGAAUACGAUGAGCUGCGAAAGAGGCAGACUGAGGCCAUUCUGGAUGUGCAGCAGAAAAGAGACCUGAAGGCCUUGGUGCUGGAGAGGAAGAUAAAGGCCAUGACAGAAAUGCUGGAGAAGGAGCAGCUUGAACUCUGGGUGGCGCUCGCAUUCGGACAGGGAGAUCAAAGGGCUGCAAAAAACAUUAAGGAACUUUUUGAGUCCAAAGAGAGCACCAUCAGAGCUUUGAAGGCUAUCGUGUCUCGAGAUUUAAAGGAGUAUGAGGACUUGGUUAAGAACACAGCAGUAUUGGGGAUCUUUUUAGACACAUGGCUCCCAAUGGGUGACAUAAAAAACUCCACGAGGAAUGCCUCAGAGCAUAGCGUUCCACUACAAAACCAGAACUUUAACAACUUGAUGCAGGAACUGACAGCUUUGUGCAUCUCUGAGGAUGACUCGGUCCAAAAGGGCGCCCUGGGACUGAACCCUGUUAGUGCCAGUCCAGACAGUGAACUCCUGCAGCUCUCAGGAGCCUCUGGGUGGGGUCAGGUGCCUAUUCCCACUGAGUCUGAAGAUGGGGGUUCCUGUGUCAGUGACCAGCAGUCUAUGAUGACUACUAGAACUACGGACGACUCACUGCUGGAUGAAAAUGUUACACUGUCUGACUCUUGAUUUAUUCAUUCUCACCAGUAAUGCCGGAGAAACUAGUACAGUAGAAUAGUUAAGAUAUGUCCUUAAGAUGCAACUAUGAUCUAGAAUUGUAAACUGUAUGAUUUUACAAGAUACAAAUGAUAUCCUGCAUAUUAUAAAAUAUCUCAUGCUACUUCCAUGAAUGUAAAAACAAAGUGUGUGGUAUUAAUACCUGGCUAGGGUUUACAAGACUUGUGGCUGAAUUCCUUGCAGCAAAAGAGAGUCCUUCAGAAACAUGCUGUGGGUCCAAUCUGUAAAAGUGCUUUAUUAAUAAUAAUAAUAA